AUGGCACUGAGUAAAGCGAAAGCAGAUAAAGAAGAUUUAUUUAAUUGCUCAAUAUGUUCUGAAGCAAUUACACAACCUAAAAUCUUACCUUGUAUGCAUAGUUUCUGUAAACCGUGCAUACACGAACAUAUUUCAAAUAUGGGACGCAACAAGAACAGUAAAUUAACCCAAUUUACGUGUCCAGUUUGCAGAUCAGUCGUAAAACCGAAAAAUCCUGAAUCACCGGUUGACGAAUGGUCUUCUGCUCUUCAAGAUAAUCAUAUCCUUGACAUCAUGAUUUCUACAAUAAAGGGAGAUAAACAGCAAGAUUGUAAGGUGUGUGAACAGCACCAACAAAAAUCUACUGCCAAGUUCUGGUGUAAAGGAUGCGAAAAAACUCUGUGUGAGAAAUGUAACACGAUGCACGAAUGGCUUCUAUCUUCACAUCCAGUAAUUGCAUUAGAGGAAUUAGGACCAGACAUAUUGGGAAUAGAUUUGCAUGCAGUGUCUGAGAAUUGCAAUGAACACCCAUCUAACAGUAUUGAAGCUUUUUGCCUCAACCAUGAACAGUUAUGUUGUAUCCAGUGCGUAACUAAAAAUCAUCGGAACUGUGAAAGCGUCAAGUCAAUUGAAGAAAUUACAAAUUCAAAUAUUGUGUACGACACACUUCAGGAUAAACUUGAGUGCAUCAAACAAGCAACGUUAAAACUUCUUAAAGAAAAAGAAGAGCAAAAACGCGAUCUUAAAGAAAAGUUGGAAACGAUAGGGAAUGACGCAGCAAUGUUUCUUGAACAAGUUAAGCGUAAGCUAGACGCUUUAUUUGAGACGUUUAAGAAGCAGUUGAAUGUAUUUCUUGACGAACAGAGUACAAAUCUUAAUAUUCGAAUGCGUUUACUGGAACAGUUCGUUGAAAGUUUAAACCACUGGAUAAGUGUAAACAGAGUAGUUAAAGAGUUUGGAACCAACACACAGCAUUUUAUUCAAGUUGAAACCAUGAAAAAUCAAAUUAAGUCCAGCCUUAUCGAAAUAGACAAGGUAAGCAAGCAUGAGACUUCAUUUGAUAUCAAAUUUGCGAAAAACGAGAUAUUAGAGCAGCUUGAAACAGCUGAUUCGAUUGGAAUGUUAAACAAAACAGAACUUUAUUUAGGAGAUCAAAUAACAGAUAUUCGCAAUUGCUGCAAAACGUUAGGUAUAAAAUAUCUACCAAAUUUUAAAGAUAUCGGAGUUGAAUUAGUGAAAACUUUUCACAUCAAAGGAUCGGCCUUAUCAUGUGGAGUAUGUGUAGGUGAGGAUCACAUUAUACUUGGAAACAGAUCAUUAAAGAACAUACUACAGAUGUUUGAUAAAAAAUCUGGUCUUGUUAUCAGUACUGCAAACUUUGAAGUAGAUGCGUGUCGUUUGUGUUAUGAUGAAGAACACAAUCAAAUUUUUAUUUCUUCUUUCGAAAAAAAAAUAUUAUGUAAAGCAAAGAUAGUUGGAAACCGUAUCAGAAAUCCUGCGAGGUUGACCUUUAAUAAAGAUUACGUCGGAGCCUCAUGUAAACACAAAAAAUACAUUUACAUAGUUGUAGACAAAGCUAUAAAAAAAUUUGUCUCGACUGCAGGUCCAAAUAGUUCGACGUCAACUGUCGUUUCUACAAAUACAGACUGUGGGACAAAUGGAAUGAAUAUAUUUAGACAAAAGAUUAUUUAUACCACAAAAGACAAAGAAGUCAAAUGCAUAACACUUGAUGGAGAAGACGUUUACUGCUUUAAAGAUGAGAUGAUCAAAACCCCAGAAUGUUUAGCUGCAUUGCCGUCAGGUUUAGUUUUAGUUGUAGAUCGAGAUAACAAAGGAUCGUUACACGUCCUUUCAGAAGACGGUACAAAACACAGAAGACUUCUUCAGAAGUUUAACACUAUAACGGACCCACGUGAUAUCUGGUUGGACAAUAACGAUUCCGAAACUUUUUAUAUAGCUGGUGGGGAGUAUUUGGAGGUGUACAGAAUAACAUGUGACUAG